GAAGUUAUUUUUUACUAAAUCUUUGUUUAAAAUAUUUUUUUAUCCAAACUGCAAUACUUCUGUCCCCUGACUUAGAAUUGAUUUUUUAGAUUUUUUGCUGUAAAUUUUAAAAUUACGGUUUUUAAAUCUGUGUAAUUUUCUGUAGUACUGCAAUAAAACGCAUUGAAUUUGGUUAAUAUUUUAAUUUAAACUUUUGGGAAUUUCAGGGUUUUUGUAAAAAAAAAAAAAAAAAAAAUAAUAAUAAUAAAAAAAAGUGAACACAUUAUGUGAACAGUGUUAAAAGAUGGAAGAAAUCAAAUUUUCAGCUGAAAGUUUUUUGUGCUUUGUAACAUUAAGCAUUGGAAAUAAAAGAAAAGAUGUUGAAUUUUUGAAAAACGUGAGGCCAAUUUGAAAAGUGUCCCCAGGACUGAGGAGUAGGUUAUGCCUUCUGCGGUGUUAUGUUGAAAAGCUCAAAUUUGAAAAGACUGUGGCGAUUGACCUCUCGGCAGAACGCCUGGUCGGCAAGCUGGCGGGCUGUCCUCGGAGGGCCAUGGCACGGACCCGGGAGGAAGGCCGAGCCCCAGAACGAGGGACGGCACUCCGGGACCCUUGGAUGGGGAGUCGCCGUCGUCCUAGGGUACCUGCUCUGGAAGGAACGGUCGCGGACCUUGAACGUGCAGGCCUCCUCCAAGAGGGACCACUACAACUUCAUCGCGGAUGUGGUCGAAAAAACUGCAGGAUCCGUCGUCAACAUCGAGAUCAUGGACAAACGGAGAUUGGACUUUUUUACAGGCUCGUUUGUCCCGAGGGCCAAUGGGUCAGGCUUCAUCGUCAAAGAAGACGGUUUAAUAUUGACCAACGCUCACGUUGUCAUGGGCAGAGAGUCCGGUGAAGUGAACGUGAAGCUACACGACGGAUCCGUGUACAAAGGGGUCGUCGAGGACGUCGACAUGAAAGGGGAUCUCGCUACAGUAAGGAUUAAUGCAAAACAAAAACUUCCAGUUUUAUCGAUGGGGAGCUCGUCCAAGAUCAGGCCCGGCGAAUGGGUCGUCGCAAUGGGAAGUCCUCUCUCGCUAUCAAACACUGUGACAACCGGUGUCGUGAGCACUGUACAGAGAAAAAGCUCAGAGUUGAAAAUAGUCGGGAAAGAAAUGGAUUACAUCCAAACAGAUGCAGCUAUUACGUUUGGCAACUCUGGAGGCCCUCUAGUGAAUCUGGAUGGACAAGUAAUAGGUAUAAAUUCGAUGAAAGUCACAGCUGGGAUUUCCUUUGCCAUACCUAUAGACUAUGCCAAGGAUUUCUUACAGCAAUGCGAAGAUAGGAAAAAAGGCCUAUUACCGAAGGGAACCCAGAAUCCUAGGAGAUAUAUGGGAAUCACAAUGCUCAGCCUUACACCGUCAAUCAUAGCAGAGAUGAGGGCACGCAAUAAGCCGAUUCCGGAAGAGAUCACUUCAGGAGUGCUCGUCUGGAAAGUCGUCAUCGGUUCCCCUGCCCACAUAGCUGGCCUCAUCCCUGGCGACAUCGUUGUCGAGCUGAACUCGGAAAACGUAGUUGGAGCAUCUACCAUUUAUAAAGCCCUCGAAACCAGUUCCAUUCUGACAAUGAAAGCCUACCGAGGUGGACGAUACCAUGUUUUUAGAGUCGUGCCUGAAGUUUCGUAAGAUUGGGCAGUUUGUGGGGCGAGAGCACAGCGCUCUCUGGGCGAUGUUGAGCCCCCAAUGGUUGGUGGGAUGUGGGUGGACACACGCACAUCCCAUUUUGAGAUCAGUAAAAGAUUGUUUAGGAUAAAAGAAUAACUGUAGUAACAACAAGAGCAUCCUCGCGAUGCCGAACCCGGUGUGUAAAAAAA